AUGCUCAGGCAGUACGCAAAAUUAUCGCUGACUCUUCCCUCUUCCAAACUCCUGUUUAUCAGGUUUCUUCGAAAGAGGAUGUCCACAACCUCCCUGAUCUUCCUUUUUCUGGUGCUUUCCCCAUAUGAGGCUAGUCUUUCCGUUGCAUUCCAAUCAAUUGUGUCGCCGCAAAAAACGAGCCAUAGACACCACCCAGGUAUCAAAAAUACACCUCCUUCAAAAUCAGCUGGACCAGGUUGGCGCAGAUCUGUCCCUCCUGGAAAUUUACUAAACACAGGCGUUACUACUCCUACUUUGCAGGGUGCUGCUUAUCGCCGAACUAAUGUCCCUUCUGCGCAACCUGUACAGGCUCGUGCUGCCCCCAAGAAUCAGGUGCCUCGAAAAGAAGUCUUACCACCUACUUUAGCAAACCGACCGACUCGACCCAUGGCCCCCUACAAACUAACGACUGAGUCUGGAGGCACUGUUGGUCCCUCCAUUCCCGCUUCCUCAUUUGGUUCUACGGAAAGUCGGCAAACUCCUACUUGCUCCUGGAAGAAUAAAUCCUCUGCUCCAGGCGCUAUAACCGGAUCGGUUGCCUCAACAGAAAAUGAUAAUCGGCCUGUAAAGCAACUACCGUCAUCACUAUUCACAAGUUCCCUUCCUCCUCCAAAAACGCCUCCUCUACCUCAAGCACCAAAAGUCACUUCGCCACAACUUUGCAGCCAAUCGCAGCCCUCUUCUGUGAAACCUGCCAAGCCUAAGACUACGCUCCCUGCUCCUCAAGCCGUGCCCGUUACCAAGGCCCAAAGCCAAAUACCCGGAUCGAGUCUAUCGUCAUCUAUAGGAUGGACUGCUGCAGAAAAAACUACAUCAUCUUCGUAUUCGGUUAACCCGCAUUCUCCACAGCCUGCUUCGCAGGCCAAGCAGAGCUCUCCCACGCCUUCCUCUGAACAACUAUCGGUAAUUUCACCAGCACAGCCUCUCCAAGAGAGAAUUUCUUCGAUGGAAACCAGCCAACCGACGGCAGGUCAACUUCCGAGCAGAUCGACUGCCAAAACCUCAGGUCAACAAAGUAGUGAGAAACCCGACUUGAUGGAGGAAUCAAAAAUCAUACUAUCUUCUCAUCACUAUGCGGAAGAUUCAAAGUCUAAUGAACCCUAUCUUACCACACCAGAGGAGCAGCCAAUGCUAAACAUGAUUCAGAGUGGAUCGACAGCGAGAUCGGGCAGUGGUACUCAUACUCCUGUCUUGUCAGAUGAUGCUCAAUCAAUAAAAUCUCCUAGUCUUGGGCCUGAAGAAGACUCAGCUUUUCCGCUCAAACAACUUGAUCAAGUCCCUGAAUUUCUUGCUAACCUGUCCGAAGAACAGGCUACACUUGAAGGUAAUGCAUCUCCAGUCUUGUCACUUGGUCAUCGUAUCAGCGAUAAUAGUCUGCGACCAACCUCGGAAAGCGAACUAAAUCCAGUUACUUCCUUUGGUCCAGGCUUGGCAGAAGAUGCUAUAAAAGCACCAGAAGCUGUGAUCAGUUCUCACGUUGUUUCCUUCGAAGACCAGCCUGUAAUCAGCUCAAGUGAAAUUCAUUCUGUCCCAUGCAGUGUAAGUAGUAAAGUCAGCAAUGGUCACAAAAGUGAGUUAUCGCUUCAGCUUCAGAUACAAAGCUCGAUAAAGCCUGGUCUAGAAGAUGAAUCAGUUUAUUUUUCAGUGCUAAACGAGCCACUUGUCACACAUUCGGUGAUAUUAUCCGAAGCUCUAUCCCCUGCUAUUCAUGAGGUAGGCAUUACGAUUUCCGUUUCACAUUCAUGCGGAGAAUUCUCCAGGCAUUCUUCUGCGAUUAUCACUUUUGGAUUAUCUAAUAAGCAGUCCGUUGAUGGGGCAACAUCCGAUAUUUUCGGCAUCAAGCGGGAUGUGUCUCCAUGGGGAACUUCUACUGCGGAACGUGUUAACUCCAAUCCACCAGAAGCGGUUUACAUCCUAAACGAAGAGCUCAGCAAAAAUAAAGUUUCUUUAUCUGUUUCCAUGACGGAAAAACCUCUAAAGGACUUAAUUAUUAGGGCGUCAUACUCAGAUUCAGAUGGAUCACAUUUAUUGAUGUUUACGGGCGAGCAGUUUGAAAGAAAAACUCAGGCUCCCGUUAUGGAGCUAUCGGAUAAAUGUUCCAAUCCUCUUAAUAUAGAAGAGACUGCGCAUGAUUCCUUGUUUAAUACUGCCAAAUUAUUUGCUUCAGCAACGUCGGAAGUGAAUAUGACUUGCAUUACUCCCAACUCAUUGAAUGAGGAUAAGCUUAAGGAUGAAGUCUGGUCGGCGACCUCAACUCAUGCUCCUGAACAAGCGUUUAGAAUAAAUCCUCCUGCUGACGGAUUGGUUCCUCAGGUUACUAGAUCAUCUGCAGAAAUGAGUUCGGAAGAGAGAAAUAUUAGAUCUUUUACGAGUAAUUCACCAGCAAUUUCACUGUCAGCUUCACCCGUACCUCACCAGUUUGUCCUAAGUAAAGAGAGUUCAAUCCUUGAAAGUGACCGACCCAUAAAUACAUUAUUUAUGCAUGUCAACUCCUUGAUUGAAGUGCAAUUGAAUGAAGAUACCGAGGCAGAUGAUUCAGCUCUUCGACGAGCCACUACUCCGGUUAUGCAUGCGCCAGUACAAGCAAUAAGAAUAGCUUCAUCCUAUGAAGUGACCGCAUCUAGAAUUCCCCGAUCCAGAUCUGCCAUGAGUGUGGAAGAUAUUACAUGUAGACACAUGACUCCGAUAUCUGCAUCAUUUUCACCUAUAGGCUCAUCACUUGCUCAAAAUGUUGCUUCUCUGGAAGAAUCUAUUCACUUAGAGCAGCUUUCGCAGCCAUUUUAUCCGCAGCUCAUAAAGGCCAACUCUUUGGUUGAUCUCGAGUUAAAGGAGAUUACCGAACCCAUAGAUUCUGAUAUCCGUAAGAGUAAAACACCUUCUACUCGAGUUCCUGAACAAACUUUUAGGGUUUCUUCUUCCGUAGAGUUAUUAUGUUCCCAGUUGUCUAAAUCCAGAUCAAGGCUAAGUCAAGAAGGCAACUCACAUGACCUAAUGACUCCGGUAACACUCUCGAUUUCCUCUCCACCAUCUCCAGACUCUGAACAACUUGCCAUAGUCAAAGACAAUUUCCCCAGUGAAUUGCCUAUAAAUAAGGAUAAUUUACUACAAAUGCGAUUCUGCUCCACAUUUGAAAUCAAACUGAAUGAAGAAUGUGAAAUUGAAGAAGAUUUAAUGGGUGGUGGUCUGGUUCUUCAUUCUCCGGAAGAGGCAUUUAAAAAUGUGCAUUCUAAAGGGAAAUAUGAGCCCAAAAUAACUCGCUCUCAGUCAGGAAUUAGUUUGGAGUUUGACACUUGUGAACGAAUGACUCCCAUACCAGUUUCAUUUUCAUCUCCAGUAUCUCAGUCAUCACACCAGGUUGCAUUCAUUAAAGAGACUCCUAGCGUAGAAAUGCCUGAACCAACCUCAAAUAUUUUGCAUAUGCGAAUCAGUUCAACCUUCGAAAUUAAGAUGACUGAAGAAUCUGAAUUUGGAGAAGACCCUAUUCAUUGGCACAGUGUAACAACUGCACAGAUUUUGGAUGAAGCUGCCGCAACAGACUGUUCUUAUUGUAAACCAGAUCUUAAAUUAAGUAGAUCUCAGUCUGCUUUAGUCUCAGAUCAAGUCUCUCGCGAACGAAUGUCGCCAAUUUCGCCGUUCAUUUCACCUCCAGCAUCGCCUACCACUCAGCAGCUCGCCUCGAUUAAAGAAAGCCCGAUUUUCGGAAGACAUGAAUCAGGCCUUAACGUGCGAACACUGCGAAUAACUUCGUCGAUAGAGGUCAUUUCAAACAGGGAUUCUGAAGUAUACGAAAGUGCUCAACAGACAACCGAACUUCCAUCUACCCAUGCCUCAGAACAGACAGUGAAAACAACAUAUUAUUCCGAAAAACCCGUAUCAUCUCUUUCGCAGCCCAACUCGAUGCCGAGUUCUAAGGAAGAAUCUGUAAAACCUUUCUUCUCCUGUUCGCCACCAACGUCACCUGUUAUGCCACUUAAUGAGUCACAAUCUGCCGACAAACUUAAUUUGCUCGCAGAUAGCGAGCCUUAUGAGAUGCCUAUUCUCGCGCUGAACACCGUCAUUCCUCAUGUCGUCACGUCGAUUAAAGUUAAGUUCAUUGAGGUGCCCGAGUCACAUGAAAUAUCUUUCAAAAGGGAACAACUAACUACUCACACCUCUGAACAAAUGAUUAAUCUGACUGAAGUAAUCGAUUUUCAGAUACCAUUGGCAAGGCCGCCCUUAAGUUCGUAUACACAAGGCUUGCAAUCUCCAUCUUCUCCUGAGGUACCUCCUGAAAGCGCAUCUCCAAAUGCAACUGCUGGCGUACCUCCAUUCACGAGCAGAGUGACUAUGUCAUCUGUUCCUGGAGGAAUAUUUACAUCUGUUAACUUUUCAUUUUAUCCUCAUCCCAAUCAAUCAUCUAUUGUUGAAGCUAUUCCUACUCGACCAGCCUCUCCAGAUUCGGCUUAUGCAGCAUCGGUUUCCCCUUUACCUCCGGUGUCCCCAAUAGCCCUUUCAACAUACCUGUCCAUCAAUCCAUCUUUGAGUCCUUCCGAAGCUCAUAUCAGCUCGCGUGUCUCUCCCUCUCCUAUUCAAUCCUGUCUAGGUAUAAAGGAGGCUAAUUUUACACCGUUAGAAAACUUGAAAUUUUCCGUCGAGAUGACGAUAGAAUUGCCUGUAACCACCCAAGACAACCUUAUAACCAACCAACCUGGAAUAAAUUUGUCAAGCCUGACCACUCGAAGCCAUCGUAUUAUCUUUCAAGUGCCCGCAUUAAUAAGUGCUGAUGAGAGUGUAAAAAAAAAAGCAUUCAUCUCUUUCCAGGACUGUUCAGAGAACGAGCUUGAGGUAACUAUGAGCUACGAGACUAUCCUAAGUUCUCCACGCGCCUUUUCGCCUACUAGGACCGAGAAUGAAACCUGUCAUCCAUACACAGAGCAAUUGCGCGCUCCCAUCUUGUGCCGUACUGAAAUAGAAUCACCUGCCCUAUAUAAGGAUUGCAGAAAUAUCAAUUCACCAACUGCCAAUUUGGAACCGCCUUCGGUCAGCAUUGCUACUCCACCUACCUCUGUGCUGCUGCACAUAUCAGAGAACGACAGCAGCGAGGUGAUCACACUUAACAUUGAGUUUAAGAACCCGCAAGACAUGCCUGAGCCAGACAUUACUUUGAAUAUAAUGAACAGUCCGAGUAGAACUUCCCGUUCUGAACAGGGGCAGACAGCAUCUCCUAUCACACAUCCUUUCACAGCAAGUUCCGUUCCUAGCCCUAUGCCUCUUUCCCCUUCACUGCGUGAUUCAGCAUCCGAGCUUUCGCCUCCACGCAUUUCAUCAUCACCUCCAGCCUCACCAUCUUUGACAUCUCCGCUACCACUACCACAUUCAUCGCCUUCACCUAGCCAUUCACAAUCAGCAUUCCCUCUUGCUGCCUCUCUUCUAACCGAUAACUGCCAGAAAGGGCCAAACAGACCCGGUGAUAGGGAACAACAGAAGCAAUUUCGCAUUUCACUGGACUCAAAUCAGCUACUCAACCUUACGACGGGACAAGUCUUGCGCCAACAAGAGGAUCUGCUCGCAACUUCCUCGGCUGGGCAUUCUCCACUUAAGACAUCUAGUCGUCAAAGUAGUUCGCUUGGCUCACACAUACACAGGUCAUGCUCUCCACAAUGUCAGCUAACUCCUACGUCAAGUGAAGAAGAUUUGAUUAGAUUGUCAUCAAGCAUUGUUAAAAAAGUUAUCCUUUACGGCAAACAGUUAGUGAUGCAGUCAUCCGAAAUUCCUAUCAGUCGGACCAAUACAUCGUUGAUGUCUGUUGGCAAUAUUGAUUCCGACAGAGAUCAUCUGGACCAAUCAAUGCUCGACGAAAGCUCAGAUAAUGACCAAUCCUCCGUGCACUCUAGCAACCCCCGAGAAUCCAUACCUAGCGUACCAACAGUCUCUGAUAUCAAUAUCCAUCUGAGUGCAGCCUGUUUCCGUCAUAAAACAACCAGUCAAGUUAGUGAAUUGGCUCCAGUUCAGGAACUCCAAGAUAUGCCUACUGUAGAGCUCGAGAAAGACCCCGACCUUCAGUUGCCUCCAAUAACACAACAGGCUGUCCCACGUCAACUAUCCCUCACCAGACCAGUGACUCCUCGCGAACAAAAUCUUCAAAACGAAACCGAGUCAGCUGAACCUCGGGCCAGGAUGAUAACUCGCAUUAAAAUGAUAAGCCGACGCAAGAAGCGUGUUCACUCAGCACCCUGCUCAAAUCAUGGAGAAGUCAUGACGAAAUACCGAAUCCGAUGCCAUCUGGAGGCUACAAGCGCUACUGAGGUGAAUGAUUUGAAUGAAGUGUUAAUUCAAAAGUCGGACUCUGAGCGCCUGACAGCAGCUGCUUAUCCCAUCCAUAUUUUGGAUGAGCCACAAUGCCAUACUCCUCAGGCUGACAUAUCUAGCUGUAACUCUGCUUACGAACACGAAGAACCGUCUUAUAACCUACCGAUAAAUGAAUCUUGCAGCAAUGCUUCCAGUUUUGAAAGUCUGAAUGCCUAUAGUAAACCUGAUACUAACAGAUGCUCUCCAUAUAUCACAAGAAUAUCUCGGAGCAUGCAAGCAUGCACAGAAGCCGAUCCUCAAAAAGUAUGUAAAGAGUACGCUGAAAUACCGUAUAGGCCACAACUUUAUUAUUCAGCUUGCAGAAAGACGACUUCUACACUAAAAAAAGUCACAAGUGGUGAAAGUACCACGAUUUCCGGAUUUGCUUUAACCUCCAGCCAUAUGUAUUUGGCUCCAAGAGGUGUUCCAAUAGCUGAGCUAUCUAACUCGGCAGAUUCUGUGUAUCAAAAGACACGACAGAAUGCAGCUAACCUUAAAUCAGCCGCAUCUGUAUUCAGAUCACGUUUAAGGCGAGCAGCUCAUUCGACAAAUCGGCAUUUGAUGAAAGCAAAAGGUUUCUUCUACCAGGUCCGCCACUUUUCUCAUUCCAGCCGAGGAGUGUGUUCUCAAGAUGCCACUGUCUCUGGCACUAACGAUACGAUUAGCAUGGACACCCAAAGAACUGCAGGCUACCAUGACCUCCGUGCACGGGCAUAUUCCAACUCAUUAAUAGGCUGCGGUAAUAAUGAAAAUCUAAUUUGUGAGUUUGACGAGCGAGUCCAUAAUGCUUCAGAAGAAGAAGUUGAUGAGCUCAAUAUUGAAAGCUAG